AUGAUUCAGCGUCAGAAGCGUCCUCAAUACUCAUAUGAGCAAUGCCAUCAGACCUUCAGUAAGUCCCAGGACCUGAAGGUUGCACAGGUCUCCAAGGCUCUGGAGGAGACCCAACUCUCCUCCCAUCCUCUAAUGCCUGGCGAUUUGAAGGAAGCUUCUGGGGCUGGUAUAUCCAGCACUCCUGAGGGUCCUCAGAGUUUCUGCUCCUCUUCCAUUGCUAUCAAAGCCACCUCACCCACCAAAUCGGAUGAGGGGUCCAAUAGCCAAGAAAGAGAGUAUACUCUGAGCACCUCACAGGCUGUGCUAGACCCCAAGAAUGUGCCCAUAGAUGCUCUAGAAAAGAAAGUAGCUAUGUUGGUAGAUUUCUUACUAUUCAAGUAUCAAAUGAAAGAGCCAGUAACAAAGGCAGAUAUGUUGAAGAUUGUCAUCAAAGAGUGCGAAGUCCACUUUUCUGAGAUCUUCCUUAGAGCCUCUGAGCGCAUGGAGUUGAUCUUUGGCCUUGAUUUGAUGGAAGUGGAUCACGCCAAUCACCACUAUGGCCUCUUCAUCAAAUUGGGCCUCACCUAUGAUGGGAUGCUGCAUGUUGAAAGAGGCAUGCCCAAGACCGGCAUCCUGAUGCUUAUCCUGGGUGUGAUCUUCAUGAAGGGCAACCGUGAUACCGAAGAUGAAGUCUGGGAAGUUCUGAAUGUGACCGGGAUAUAUUCUGGAAUGAAGCACUUCAUCUGUGGGGAGCCCAGGGAGCUCAUCACCAAAGAAUUCGUGAAGGAAAAAUACCUGGAGUACCGUCAGGUGGCCAACACUGAUCCUGCGCAAUUUGAGUUCCUGUGGGGCCCCAGAGCCCACGCUGAAACCACCAAGAUGAAGGUCCUGGAGUUUCUGGCCAAGAUUCAUGGGACUGACCCAAGUUCUUUCCCAUCUCAGUAUGGGGAGGCUCUGCAAGAUGAAGAAGAGUCAGAAUUUCAGGCAGGGCUGUUUCCUUCUGUAGCCACUGCAAGUUCUAGUGUCAAGGCUAGCAACUUCUCCCACACCUAG